UUUUUAAACUAACAUUUUCGCUUUCAUGUAAGCCUGCGCGUAGCGGAACCUUUGGACUGAAUACCUUCUUGAAGACGGAACAUUAUAAACGUCGGACAAGCAUGUGUACCCGUGUUGCUGUGCGACAGAUUCUUCGGUGGGGUGUGAGAAAUGCUACUUCUUCUGUCUUCAUUCCCCUCCAGUUUGAGAGAUGCUACCUCCAGUCUCUUAGCAGAUUGUUGUGUUCCUCUGCACACCAGAGCACUUUACGGCCCAACCAUGAAGCCUCUCCUGUCACAACUAAACCAGUUCCUGAGCUGUCUCUAAGCUCACUGAUUGAUAUGGGAUUUACAGAUACGCAGGCAGAGCAGAUAUUUGAGUCUGUGUCCAGUGUCAGGGGAGGAAGUGCUGCCAAGCAUAUUCUGUCAACGCUUACAGUUCUGUUUGUGUUGGGCCUGAACCCCUCCAGUGUGCAGAAACUGCUGGAGAAAUGCCCUGAACUUUACACUGUCAAAGAAGCACAGCUUCAGCAACGCAUAAGCAACCUGCGGAAAUUAGGUUUAGUUGAAGGCAGUCUUCAGAGAAUGGUAGCCCAUUACCCCAAGAUCCUGACUGUGCCUGUGAAGACAGUAAAAAAUGUGGUGACGUUCCUCAAAGAGAGGUGUCUGUUUACUUCCCAGCAGGCCUCAGACAUCCUCAGAGACAGUCCAGCAGUUGUACUGGAGAACCUGGACCAGCUGGAGUACAAGUUUCAGUAUGUCUAUUUCCGAAUGGGUGUCAAACAGACAGAGAUGGUGAAGUUCAGGUUGUUCCGUUUCCCUCUGGAUGAGGUUCGCUGUCGACACAUUUUUCUGGAGCGUCGGGGUUUCUACCAAACCCCUGACAAGAAAGGACAGACGACCAUCGUAAACCCCAAACUGGACAGCAUCCUUAACACUGACCUGGACACUUUCCUCACACAUGUUGCCCAGGCGACAGCAGAGGAGUAUGAUGUAUUUCAGAAACUGUUAGCAAGAGAAUGGAAGGAAGAAGAGCUGCAACAGGGCAAGAUUGAAGCUGAUGAUGAUGAUGAGGAUGAUGAUGAUGAUGAUGACAACGACAACGAGCAGACUGGAGGAAAACGUGGAUAUGAGAAGAGGAGAAAAAAAUGAGUAUCCUAGAGUCCAGAUAAGGCCAGUGUGUGAGAGGAGUCCUAUAAAACAACCAUUGAUUUAUAGAAGAGUUAAGCCUCAUGGAUGUGCAACAGGGACAGAUGUUUCAGGUUUGGACAUCAGGUAAGAUCACUCAUCUUUAGUUAAUCGAUAAUUUGUCAAUAAGCAUGUUUUUGCAAAGUUUGAAUAGAUCCAAAUAAUAUUCCGUUUUUGUGUCAAGUGAAUUUUAAACAUUUAGGGAGGUGGUGGCAUCAUGUUGCUGUUAUUCCACUAAAGAUGUUGUCCAUUAAAUCCUGAUGCCCCGCCUGAUUUAGGAGAGUUAAAUACAGGACCCCAGUAAGAGUUCAAUGUUGCUAUAGUCAGUGCACCUUUUAUUACUGAUAUUCAAAUUUAGAUUUUUCUAAUGCUUUGAAUCUUUAUUUUUGAUGACAAACUCAAUCUUCCUCGGAAGUAGGGAUUACUAGUGUUGCACAAAUUUCUAGAGAUAUUCUGCCAGUUUUUAUCAGGUAUCUUUGCUUGAGGGCUUGUGUGUCUUUUAAUUUCUCUUUAAAAUAAACAAUGAGGGUCCAUUGGCUCUAAGUUAGGUGAUAUAUUUGGCCAGGAUAUCGACUCUACAUUUUUCGUCCUUGGAAAUCAUGCUGGAAAAUUUCUCUUGUGCAAACUGGGAGUCAUCUUGUCAGCUAAUGUUGUUGUAUCUACAGACGGUGACAUCAUGGUGACAUCUGUAAAUGUCAUCUCCCCAACACUUUCUGAACUCAUGCAGCUCCACAUCACAAUUUCACCUCUGUGUUUCACUGUCAGGAUUAUGCAUUCACUGUGGUAGUCCUGGCCAGGUUUCAUGCCAAACAUUCUGAAGCCCAUCAGAACAGAACAAAAUUAGUCUCAUCUAAUCAAAGAAUGUACUCCCAAUGUUCAACAGGCCGAUUUAAUGUUAUUUAGCAAAGUAAAUGUUUGCUCGUCUGUUUUUUCAGAGGUGCACCGUUAAAAUGUAGCGCACUGUAUGUGGAGUCAUUUUAGCUGCACAACCACUGUAGCUGUGAUUAGUUGUUCUGUGGCUUUUUUAUACCUCCUAUUCUGCAACUGUGUUUUACCUGUUUGUUUUUUUUUAGCUGCUCUCCCAUCAUCCUGUAUCCUUUUCCAUCUUUGUGAAGCCUCACAAUUAGAUUUUUCAGGUCUUUAGUAAUUCCUUUCCAUAUAUGAUGCAGACAUGUAGAUCAGCACAGCCCAUGAGUCCAAAACUGAAAAAGGUCUGGUUUUCACGGGUCAUUUUAGAACCAUGUUCAUGCAGUUAGGCUGAUUGGAAAUUAAACAUAUACUCAGUUGGGUUUCAGUGAUCCCAGGUUUUCUAACUUGUGUCAGUGAUUGCAGGUGUAUUUGCUUUAGUUGCACUGAGUUUCUAUUCUGAGGUCUUUAAUAUAAUACCAUUGCUAAGAGGUGAUACAGUUUAGAAUUAGGAGUGCAAUUCUGCACAUAUGUGUACUUAUUUCUCUUGUAUACUGUGUCUACUGUGUGUUUUCUGCUUGUUUGUUCUGCGUUUCUUUUGUUGCCUUAAUUAUUCACCACUUCCCUUCGAUUUGCAUUAGUUUCCAUUUGCAACAUGCAAAGAGCACAAUCCAUGACUGUAUAUUGUUCAUAUUUAAAUUCUGGUUGCAUGUUAUCAGCUGCACAUUUUAAUAUUCUUCUAGUUUAUUUAACCUGGACUAAACCUUUAAAAAACACAUAGAUAUAAUUAUGAUCAGGACCCAAUCAGCCAAAACAGUAUCUAAAAACUACAUAUAGAAAGUCUUCCCAGCCUACAGUACAUCAUUUUGAUUGUUAUAUAAGCACCUAGAGAGAUUAUAUUUUAUCAUUUUCUUCAUGCAGACCCACAUUUGUUCACAGUGAUGUUGUAGCAAUAACAUGAAAAAUGUCUGUAAAAUUGUGUUUCUGUUCAAAUAACUGGACUGCAUAUAUCCAUGUAUUUAUAUGCUUACAUUUUGAUCAUGGUGUUAAUUCAUGGUACUUUCAUCUACAGGACGCUGUUGGAGACAAUAGAGAUCACAUCCCAAAGCA